AUGACAUCCCCUCCACCAAUCCCCGAAAAAGCGGAGAUAGCAUUUAUCUCUGGCCCUCUCGAUACAGGCCCAGAUAAUACCUACUUCCACACCCACUACGUACCCCUAAUCAACGCGGCUAUCGAUCGUGGACAUCGCUUCGUGAUCGGUCCCGUCGCUGGCGUGGAUAGAGCCGCUUUAGAUUAUCUCCUUGCGUAUCCUAUCCCUCCAUCACAUAUCACGGUCUUCGUCACUCCCACUGAGAAUAUUUUGAUGGGCGAUGAAUUCCGCUCCCGUGCAGUUAAUGUACAUGUUGUCGAUGGCAGUCCGAACAUGACAACUCGGGACCGUGAUGCAGCGAUGACGAGGGCUAGUUCUUAUGAUAUUCUCCGCUGGAGGCCGACAAAAGAGUCAAAGGAGUUCUACGGACGGUUGUACAGGGAGGGGUAUGUUACGAAUACAGAGAUGAAUUGGAGGCGGCGGAGAGGAAUUGGCGAGACGGAGAUCGUGAGGGAAGAAGAUGUGAGUAUCUUUGGCGACGAGAAGAAGCGCUCCUGGGGGAGACGGGCUGUCUAUACGAUUUGCGGCUCAUUCAGAUCUGUUGCACAACCGUCUAAGGACUGA